AUGUACAGCAACGCAAGUCACAGCAGCUUUCAUGCUUCUGACAUUGGCCACGAAAACUUUUCACCGAUCUCUCAAUAUCAAGAGCGUGCGUGGCCAGCUACGACAUUGCUAGACCGAGAUUGGCGCAGGGAAUUGGCAUGUCAUUCAAAGACGUCCACUCUUGGUGCGCAAGGGUCAGAGACCAGCACAUGUCGCUCGUUGUUUCUUAGCCCUUCAGCCGAGCGAGAUAAAGUCGACAACUUUGUCAAGAUACCUGUUCAACUGGCCACAUCGUCUCCGACUCACCGCAGCUCAACAGUCGAAUCUUGCCCUGUACAGCCUGUCCUACCUCUUCCGGAAGAUUCUCCCAACGCUCAUGAAAGCGACUGGGAAACGGUGACAAGUGAUCACCUCUUCCCCCGCCAAAAGAAUCACCAGUUCCAAUCAAACGCGGAGACUGGUAGCAGUGUUGCAGACGUGUCCGACACUGCCAGUUACGACUAUCGCGGGACAGCCCAUCAACCACCAGUGUCAUUCACAUCGGGAUCUGGGUACCGGGCCACCCAGAAGUACGGCGCACGCACGCCAGCAAAAUCACGAUUGCAAGCAGCAGUGCGCCGCGUUUCGAGCUCCCUCGAUGGCCUCACUGUAUCUCGAGAGCGAGACGCUCAGACAUUCGAGAUGAAGCAGUUUAAUGGCAGCUUCGACAGCUUGAACUCGACUGCGUCUUCCGAGUACUUUGGCAGCGGAAACCACUGGCAGGGCUUUGAGUCUUCUAAAGACCCUCAGAGGGUGUUGUUUGCAGAGGUGCCUCCUUUGGACUUGAAUAACGGCAGGGUCGGUAUCCCGCGUCUCCCAUUUCCGCUCAUUAGCCUACCCGAGGCAGCGAAACUCCAGAAGGUUCGCAUUGAGCGCGGUGAAGAGGACCAUACCGAUCCUGCAAGCUCCUUUGUAACGAAACCACAUUCUGAGACGCGAAGCACCAUCUCAUCGGCCAACAGCCCCCGCACACCGCGCUCCGACCUUCUCUCGCACGGCCAGAUUGGUAGCAGCCGAGAUCAAAUCGACAAGCUGAGUCCUGCCUACUCCCGCUGGGACUCUCCACGCAGUCACGGUCUGUGGAAUGAAUCUAGUGAACGUGUCUCGUCGUUGCUGCUUCUUGGUGGCAAGCGGCGGUCGCAGAUUCUCCAGACUCCCGACCCGCGUGCCUCGUACUGGCAGUCGGCAGACGAAGAAUUCCGGCAAGUCGCCCCCAGACUUCUUCGACUGCGCGGUUUCUCAGCGUCGACCAGAGAACGGCGAGCCAGAGAUGGGCCUCUGCAGCUGGAACAGUCCCUCUUUACGGCAUCCGAAACGCGCCUGAUGGAAUCUGCCAGGGCGGAUAUUCUGUUUCGAAGACGCUACGCACGAGACUGCGGAAAGAAGCUGGCGUCUGUAUUUCUCUGUGUCGUUUUGAUUAGUGUGGUUUUUCCCGUCGUUGGCGUCAUUGCCCUUUACGGUGCUUUCAACUCGACCAUAAGUUGGUGCACGCACGGCGAGAUGGCGCACUUCACCCUCGGGCAGAGAACAGUUUUGAAGCGAGUGCUUUUUGCGGAGCUCGCCGCUUACAUGUGUUUGGUAAUUGUUUUAUCAGUUUACUUUUCCGUUGGACGGUAG